AUGGGUUUAGUCUUAAAAUAUGUGGUGGCUGCACUAGUGAGGUAUUGGCUUAUUCAUUCAGAUUAUUGGCAAACACUAUCAAACAGAGUUGAAAUAGCCACACCUCUAAACUCAUGGAAAAGGCUAAUUGAAGGCAUUUACUUAUUUGAACAUAACAUAGAUCCCUAUGAUGGUGACUCCUUUCAUGAAUCCCCUUUAUUACUUAUAUCCUUCUACAGUCUUCUGAAGUAUGCACCAUACCUAUUACCAGGAGUUUUUACAUUAAUUGAUAUAUUAACAGCAUACUUUUUGUAUAAAACUGCAAAGAUAUUUGUCAGAAUUUUGAAGAGUAAUCAGGAAAAGAAUAUAGAAGUAAUCUCCGAUGAGUCAAAGGCAAUGAUGUUGACAAAUUUACAGUUAGAAGAAGUGCCAGAAUAUGUUCUGUCAGUGUAUUUAUUUAAUCCAUAUUCAGUCUUAAAUUGUGUUGGAAUGACAACUACUGUAGUCCAGAACUUAUUAUUAGCUGUCUCAUUGUGGGGAUCUGUUGCUGGCCAUAGAUUAGUGGCAUGUAUUUUCAUUGCUCUAGCCACACAUCAAGCUCUCUAUCCUAUAACUUUGAUUGUGCCUAUAUCAAUAUUACUUGCUGAUGUCAACAAAGGUUGUAAAAAGUGCUCAUACAUAAGAACUCUCUUAGUCUUUAUAUUGUGUUGGGGUUUUUUGAUUUUAACAUCUGCCUAUAUAAUGAAUGGUUCAUAUUCUUAUAUCUAUAAUACAUAUGGGUUUAUAUUAAAUGUUCCUGAUCUCAAACCAAAUAUAGGAUUAUUCUGGUAUUUUUUCACUGAAAUGUUUGAACACUUUAGAUUACUUUUUGUAUGUGCAUUUCAAAUAAAUGCACUGAUUUUAUAUGUAGUGCCACUGACAUUGAGGUUUAAGAAUGAACCUGUUUUAUUAGCAACAGUCCUUAUUGCUCUGUCAACAAUAUUCAGAUCAUAUCCAUGUGUGGGUGAUGUUGGUUUCUACUUAGCCCUUUUACCAAUGUGGAAGCAUUUAUUUACUUUUAUGCAGCAGAAGUUUAUUGCUGGUUGUGCAUUUAUUAUUACAUCAGUAUUAGGACCAACAGUUUGGCAUUUAUGGAUAUAUUCAGGAUCAGCUAAUGCAAACUUCUUUUUUGGUGUAACAUUAUCAUUUGCAACUGCACAAAUAUUUCUCAUAACAGACUUGAUGUUUGCAUAUUUAAAAAGAGAAUUUACACUGAAACAUGGCUCAUCUCGUCAAGUAGAUGGUAAACCGGCGAAGUUGGUUCUAAGAUAA